GGAGAUGUAACUGGCGUCGGCCUCAGCUCUCCAAAGCUGUAAGCUUUGGCUGGGAGUGGCGUGGCGCACUCUGCUCCUCCAGACUGAAAACCACCUGUAUGGAUGACCAUACCUCCAGCGUGAUCCUUCCGCCCGCGUCAGUGGGACACAGGGGACGCAACGAGUCUGACAACCGGAGUUAUGCCGAGGAGAAGGGCGUCAUGACGGUGGAAAACAUGCUGGAGGAGUCCGCCGUGCUCUCAGCGCCUCACCUGUCGGUGGACAGAUAUGAGCGCAGCCGCCAGGGAUGCUGCGAGAGGGUGGUCAUCAACAUUUCUGGUUUACGUUUCGAGACGCAACUGAAAACUUUCAGCCAGUUCCCAGACACGCUGCUGGGGGACCCGAGGAAAAGGAUGCGCUACUUUGACCCACUGAGAAACGAGUACUUUUUCGACAGGAACAGACCAAGCUUUGAUGCCAUCCUCUACUACUACCAGUCAGGAGGGCGCAUACGGAGACCUGUUAACGUUCCCAUUGAUAUUUUCUCAGAGGAGAUCAGGUUUUACCAACUCGGUGAGGAGGCCAUGGAGAAAUUCCGCGAGGAUGAAGGGUUUAUAAAAGAAGAGGAGCGCAUCCUCCCCAAAAAUGAUUUCCAGAAGCAGGUUUGGCUUUUGUUUGAGUACCCUGAAAGCUCUGGGCCAGCAAGAGGGAUAGCCAUCGUUUCAGUGCUUGUUAUUUUAAUUUCAAUUGUUAUUUUCUGCAUGGAGACUCUGCCGGAAUUCCGGGAUGACAGAGACCAAGCCACAGUGGCACCCGCAGUUAAUGGCACUGCUCCCUUCAUGUCAAGUCCAUUCACAGACCCUUUCUUUGUCAUCGAAACGUUGUGCAUUAUAUGGUUUUCUUUCGAGUUGCUGGUCAGGUUUUUUGCCUGUCCCAGCAAAACUACCUUUUCCAAAAACAUAAUGAAUAUCAUUGAUAUCGUCGCCAUAAUCCCCUACUUUAUCACUCUGGGGACAGAGCUGGCCGAGAGGCAAACCAACGGCGGUCAGCAGGCGAUGUCCCUCGCCAUCCUGAGGGUGAUAAGAUUGGUGAGGGUCUUUCGUAUUUUUAAGCUCUCCCGACACUCAAAAGGACUUCAGAUUUUGGGACAGACCCUCAAGGCCAGCAUGAGGGAGCUUGGCUUGCUCAUAUUUUUUCUUUUUAUCGGAGUUAUUCUCUUCUCCAGUGCAGUUUACUUUGCAGAAGCAGACGACCCCACUUCAAGUUUCUCCAGCAUCCCAGAUGCGUUUUGGUGGGCAGUUGUCACCAUGACCACAGUUGGUUAUGGAGACAUGCAUCCGGUCACUAUUGGUGGUAAAAUAGUGGGCUCUCUGUGCGCAAUAGCAGGCGUGCUGACCAUUGCCUUACCCGUGCCAGUGAUUGUGUCCAACUUCAACUACUUUUACCACAGAGAGACUGAUGGAGAGGAGUACCCACAGUAUCACACUACAGGUAGCUGUGAGCACCUCCCCUCAGAGGAGCUGAGGAGGUCGUGCAGCUCCUCAUCGCUCAGCAAGUCAGAGUACAUGGUGAUAGAGGAGGGCAUCAACAGUGCGUUCAAACAACCCAACUUCACCACCGAAAACAACCAGAACUGCGUGAACAUCAAAAAGAUCUUCACGGACGUGUAAAUGAACCCCGCCAUGGAUCAUUUAUGAAGCAUGAUGAAACAGUACCCAUAAUAUUUUUAUAUAGCCACUCGUAACGUGUCAGUCCAUAUCUGUGGAUGAAUGCUGCAAAUUUCUGUUUUAACAAGGUAUUAAUCUUUAUUUUUAUUUGCGCCAAAGCAAAUGGAAACGAUACAAAAAUACUUCAGUGAAGAUUUUUCUGUUUUCAAUGUUUCUCCGCGAUCAACAAGUAUUAACCUGAGCAAAAAAAAAAAAAAAAAUCACGCACAGAGAAAGUGUUUGCUUCAAAUCAGAAGAAAUAAUAACAGUAAAAAAGCUUGUUAAAACAGACAUUUUUCAGCGUAUAAAGCCACACGAUGCCUACAUAUCUUGAUGUUAUAAUGCGACCGUUGUUGGUGUUCAUGACUGGGAUAGACGUGUAGCAUAUAGUCUUCUACUGAAUCUACCCACCAGUCCAAAAACGACGUCUUGUGCUUCGUGGAAAUCAAUAGACUAUGGUAAUUUAUAUAGCCCAAUGCCUGUUUCGGUUAUAUUUAAUAUCAUAACCUGUCCACAUGUUGUUCGGAUUAUUAUUCAGGUAAUAAAAACGCAGAGUGCUGUUAAUGGAAACGCUUAUCAUAAAAUAUGAGUUGAGC